AUGAAAACUCUGUCUCUGCUCCCGAUGUGGCAGUCGCUUUAUUUCUUCGAUAUCACCAAGUUUAAAGAGGUGCUGGAGUGGUUGAUCAAGCUCUCCCCAACCGCCUCCCCAACCCUCGAAAUCGUCCUCGUCUCGUCCUUUGUCCCCCAAUCCUCCCCCACCCCAACCCUCACGGCAGUCUUCACCUCCUUUGCCCCCUCCCACACCGCCGCUCUUUCAGCCUUAAUCCCCAUCCACACCUCCCUCCCCUGCCCCCCCUCCGCCAGCCCAAACCACCCCAGCCGCUUCUGCGAACCUACCUCCCUUCCAGAAGAGUACGCAGCCCAACUAGCCGGCAACGCCGCCCCCGGCUUCCGCACCCGCUCAGACAACGCCUACCUCUCCAACGACCUCUCCCCGGCACAAGUCGCUGCCGCGCUUGACCCAGCAUUUUCAUCCCUUCCGACAAAGCAGAGCACCGCGCUGUGGUUCUCGAUGAAUCCUACUUCGAGGAGGGCACGGAAGGGGAACAUGAUGCUUAGCAUGCAAUCUGAUCAUUAUUUUUCUGUGUAUGCUGUUUGGGAGGAGGAGAAGGAUGAUGGGGUGUGUGAUGGCUGGGUGAGGGAUGUUUUUGCCAGAUUGGAGGAGCAGGAGGGGACUCUUGCUGGGAGUUAUCUUGGGGAUGCCGACUUUCAGUUUAGGAAGGCGGGGGGGAAGUUUUGGGGGGAGGGGAGGGGUGAUCCGGGGGAUGUGAAGGCGAAGUGGGAUGGGGAGGGGAGGAUUUGUGGGCUCUUGGAGGGGCAUGAGGCGUUGGGUGAGGGGGUGAGGGGGGGAGGGUUGGGAUGA